GGCUUUUUGGAUAUCCUGGGUUGCUGUGGUGGCGGCGGUGGUGGAAAACUUUACAUCUAGCGUAGAAUAGAAGUUAAGACACAGACAGUUCCUAUCAACUCGCGACAAUCCUGAUAAAUGUAUCUAACUCCAGCAAUUUGCACUAAAAUCUCUAGGAAACCGGUUUUAUUUCUUUAGUCUCCACUGUCUUGAAAUGGAGUCCAAAUAUAUUUUGGAGAAGUCGUCGGUUGGGACAAGGGUCGGAGGUGGGGAUUUUAACUGCAGGGUAGGCCGCUCGGUGCUCCGCGACAGCCGGGUCCCCAUGGUGGAAAAAAACAGCUCCAUGCCGGCGUGCACACACGGGCCUAUCCUUUACAAAUUUGUAAUGGAAGGCUCAACGGCGGAGGUUAAAAACGAGAGAACCUCGUCCAAAGGAAACGGAGUAUCCCUGGGUGGUCGAAUAAUACAAGACAUGGAAAAAACACUCCUUGGGGACCAAAAGGACAGUGGCUCCACUGGGAUCCUGAAGAGGACCAGUCCAACUCCCUGUCCAGGCGUAAAUGAGCAGUUGCCAGGCAGCUACAUGCAUUUGGACAUCAGAAACCCAGGGAAACAAGCGGAGCUGGCCAGCAACUUCAGAGCAACACAAGGGCAGAAUGUACCACAGGCAGAGAGACAACCCCUCCCCUCCUCCCACAUCCCAGUACCCAGAAACAGGAAGCCUUCAGGCCAUGCUGAUAAGGAGGUGAUGGCUGCCACCGUCCUUACCUCACUGUCUACUUCCCCUUUGGUGCUCUAUCCUUCUUCUGCACCAACAGUCCCGGAGCCAGCCACCAAGACUUGGAAAGAGGUUCUGUCUGCCAGCUACAGCAGUUCAACCAGUGGCAACUGGAGCUGGGAUGCCAGUGACCAGUCGGUGCCCUCCACACCGUCCCCACCACUUUCCAACGAUACCAACAAGAACUUUCUGCUCUCAUCCCCGGGUGAUGAUAUCAGUGAGGAUGUCACAGAGACCACACACUUCAUGUUCGAGGACCCCAUACCCCGGAAGCGAAAGAACUCCAUGAAGGUGAUGUUUAAGUGCUUGUGGAAGAACUGUGAAAAGGUGCUCAGCACUUCCUCAGGGAUCCAGCGACAUAUCCGCACCGUCCACCUGGGGCGAAACAGUGACUCAGACUACAGUGAUGGAGAGGAGGACUUUUACUACUCAGAGAUUGAAGUCAACAUGGACAGCCUAACAGAGGGCUUGUCCAGCCUCACACCUACCUCUCCCACCACAUCUGGCCCUCCACCCAUCUUCCCUCCUGUGCUCGGUGAUGGCCCACAGUCCGAGCGCUUCAGCAUGAGUUGCCCGCAGAGCCACGCCCCUUCACUGCUCAGUCAGUCAGCUCCCUCCACACUCUGCCACAUUCGCACUGAUCAUGCCUACCAGGCCACGGCUCCAGUGAGUAUCCCAGUGGGUCCUGAGCUGGCUGGGAUAGGCAGUGGUAAUGGGAUUGGGCCUGGAACUGGGACUGGGAAUGACAUCAGUGUGUCGUGGCAGUCCCCUCCUGUCAUUUUUAAAGGCAUCCCGGGGCCUGUGACUCAUGUUCGCACUGUGAGCAUUGGUGAAAAGCGGCAGCCUGCAGCCAACCCGCACACCACUGUUAACAAGAACCACACUUUAAUAGCGCCAGCACCUAAAUCUACACCAGGAACCAGGAAACCCCGUGGGGAGGCUAAGAAGUGCCGAAAGGUGUACGGCAUGGAGAAGAGAGACAUGUGGUGCACAGCCUGUCGCUGGAAAAAAGCCUGUCAGAGAUUCACCGACUAAUCCAGUCCCCUUCCCCGGUCUGUGAGCGAGCUCCUUCCUACUCUGAGCGACAGCAACGGGGACUCUUCCUCUGAGGAGAUGAGGGCAGAUUUCCUUAUGACAAAGUUCUCAGUGCUUUUUCCUCCAGGCAAGCAGAGGGGUUCAUCUAUAUCUCAUUUAUGUUUCCAAACACAAUGAAAAGAUUAAAAACAAGACACAUUAUGCAGGUCUGGAGACUUUUUCUAAGACUGAUACAUUUUCAUUCACAGUAAAAUACAGAAAAAAUUAACUUAGAUUUUGAACCUUCAGAUUAGAUUCCUUUUUCUUUUUUCACUUGAUAAGCUUUUUGAUAUACUCUGUUGUUCAUUGUAAGCUACUGUUUAUGAGGUGGGUUGCAACUCUUUUUGAAGGUUCAAGGGUUAACACCAGAUGUGCUUUGUAGCAUAUCUGCUUCUUAUCAUCACUGUUUAAGGGACUUCAAACCUACCAAUGCAUAAAAACCUGCUCACUUACACCCAGCAGUUUAACAUCACUGUCCUCUGCAGUCUUAUUGGAUAUCAACUGCAUUUUUGAAAACAUAUUGUACAAUAUCAAACAGCUCGUUUAUUAAGCCAAUCCAUAACAGCCUGCUAUACUUCUUUAAGAUUUUCAAAGCUGCACAAAACCCCUCACACCAGGUGGUACAGAGUUUUACUUCAAGAUAUGUACACAAUAUUUGAAAUAUAUUUCCCUCUCUUAUUCUCUACUUUUUUUCACUAGAAAUAUGCACCUUGAAGAAAUAAGUUGUCCUUUAGAGUAUGACUGUAACCCCAGUAUGCUUGAGAGAGAGGAUAUCUAUUUCUAAUAUAGUUUAUUUUCAGCAGUGAGUUGCUGAAGCAACUAACAGCUGCAUUGUGCAAUCAGAACAAUGACAGCAUUUAAUAGUUUCUUUCAAGGUUGUCAUCGACAACCUUGAAAGUUCAUGCAGAAAGGCUCUGUUGUUCCGUUUUGACAGCUGAUGCUCUUAAAGAGAUUGUUUACCAUAACGAUGUGUGAAUGAUAAAUGCCCUUUGAAAUUUUAACUUAACAGUUUGACUGAAAUUUAUAGCGGAUGUGGGAAAAUAACAUUAAGAUUGUAACCUUACAAUCAAUACCUGAUGAUAAGUCAGGCAUUUUGAUUCACCUCUUACCGUUUAAAAUGGAGAACAUGAUCCUUUAGUUCGGAAUGAUUACGUUAACUAACUUAGCGUUAUCUGUAAAAACGAUGCCCCAAGCUCACAUUAAUUUGGGGGAAUUCAUGCUUUCCAUGACCAUGUAUGUAAACCAUUUGGACACCUCCCAUAAUGGGUGUGUUAUCAGGCUUUAGUACAUUGUAGAGGUGUAAAUUGAGCCGAUUCACUUACAGAGUCUCUCCUCAAAACAAAGAUCAGUGUUUUUCCUUCAUUGCUCAUCUUCUUUCUGCAUGGAGGCUGAUACAGGUGCAUGCGUGGUCUACACGGCGAGUCUGUGUGGUUACGAUUAUUUAUGCUGCGCGCUGUCCAGUGGAAUCUUACCGACUGACAAGGUGGACAAAUUGAUGUUAAGCUGCCCUUGUGGCCAAUGUGGCUGCGCAAAGCAUGAAUUCCCUUUAGUCCUUAAAAAUGAUCUUACACUCUGUUGCAGCAUUUGAAGACAAGUACAGAGAAUAAAAUUGAAUCAGUGCAAAGUUCGGAUGGUGGUGGUUCGCUGCACAUGGAUUCUUAUGGGAGUAAGAUUUGCUUGGAUUUAAAAUGUUUUUACUAAAAUGGAGUCUUACCUUAUAGAAAAGGCCUGUUAUUGUAAGUAAGGAAGCCAAGGCUUCCAAGCUGUAAGAAAAAAAAAAAAAAACUAAAUUAAAAUUAUUGGUGGUAGAUUAUAGUUA